AUGGCGCGCAGCAGAGCCUUGUUGCACCUGGCGGCCUUCGCCGCCGCGGCGUGCCUCCUCGCCACGGCGACCGCCGACUGGGUCACCGGCUCGGCCACAUUCUACGGCGGGAGCGACGCCUCCGGCACCAUGGGCGGCGCGUGCGGCUACGGCAACCUGUACUCGACGGGGUACGGGACGAACACGGCGGCGCUGAGCCCGGCGCUCUUCAACGACGGCGCGGCGUGCGGGGAGUGCUACCAGGUGACGUGCGACCAGUCGAGCUCGUCGUCGUGCAAGCAGGGGGUGAUCGUGACCGUCACCGCCACCAACCUCUGCCCGGCGGACUACUCCAAGCCCAACAACAACGGCGGCUGGUGCAACCCGCCGCGGAGGCACAUGGACAUGGCGCAGCCGGCGUGGGAGAAGAUCGGGGUCUACCGCGCGGGCAUCAUCCCCAUGAAGUACCAGCGUGUGCCCUGCUCCAGGUCGGGCGGCGUGCGGUUCACCAUCAACGGCAACAGCUACUUCGAGCUUGUGCUGAUCACGAACGUCGGCGGCGCCGGCUCGAUCUCAUCGGUGCAGAUCAAGGGGUCCAAAACCGGGUGGAUGUCCAUGGCCAGGAACUGGGGCGCAAACUGGCAGUCGGGGAGCUACCUCAACGGCCAGGCCAUCUCCUUCACCGUCACCCUCACCAAUGGCCAGAAGCUCACCUUCCAGGACUGCGCGCCCUCCAACUGGGGGUUCGGACAGACGUUCACCACCGGCGCGCAGUUCUACUAG